AUGGGCGAGGCCUCUGUGUCGCGAAGACAGCGCGCAUAUGAGCCGCGUGCGCCCCUCGUGAACCAGGUCGACGCCGACGAGCUCGACGACGGCGUCGUGGAAAUGCUUGUCGACGGCGUGGAGAAGGCCGUAUGCCGUUUCAAGACGCUUGCCCGAGCCUGGGAGCUUGCUGGCUGGACGCUCUUCCUCUGGGACGGCGCUGCGCCGAGCCUUCUCAUGCGCAUCCUGCACCUGCGAUUUGCGCCAACUGCACCCCGCCUCGCCCGCAUGGUCUCUUACGAGUUCAUGAACCGUCAGCUCGUCUGGGGCGUCAUGACAGAAUUCCUCAUGUUUGCUGUUCCGCGCAUUCCGAGCCUGCCGCCCGCUCUCAACCCGGCGACGGCAUUCGCACCAGUCCGCCAGUUCCUCUCGCAACCGACGCAGAUUGAUUACGCUGCGCUGUCUGCUUCGGCGGGCGAGCUCUCCGCCGCUCGCAAGGCGGGCACUGCUGCCCCCUCAUCGGCGCACAGCGGACCGUUCGCCCGUCUGCCCGCCAGCGUGUGUCCAGUGUGCUACGUCCGCCGCACAGAACAGCCGCAGGCGCUGUCGGGAACGGACAUCGAGCUCCCCUCCCUCGACAACGCAGAGACCGAGGACGAGGACAAGAUCUUCGUGCCGGCGCAGACGGACUGCUGGGGCCAGUGCAUGUACUGCUACUACUGUGUUGCCGACGAGCUCGCGCGCGCCGGCAAGCGCGCCGAGAAGGGCGAGCAGGAGAAGCCUGUCUGGCCGUGUCUCCGUUGCGGCGGAGACGUCACGAGGGCGUGGAGGGCGACGGCACAGGAGACGGGAUUUAUCCCGCCGACGCCGGAGAGUAGCGACAGCGACAGCACACCGACGAGCGAGAAGAUGGGAGACAGCUAUGUCGUGGUAGAAUAG